GGCCCUGGUCAGUGCCCAGUUCCGUUCCCAGAGAGACUCGCUCAGCUCAGACCCCGUGCUCCCAGCCGAAGAGCCAGCCGCCAACAUGUGCAAAGGCCUAGCAGCCUUGCCCCACUCCUGCCUGGAGAGGGCCAAGGAGAUCAAGACCAAGUUGGGGACACUCCUGCAGAAGCCGGACUCGGCCAUCGACCUGGUCAUCCCGUACAACGAGAAGCCAGCCAAGCCAGCCAAGGCCCAGAAGCCUUCGUCGGGGGAGGCUCUCCAGUGGCGCGACUCCCUGGACAAGCUGCUGCAGAACAACUACGGACUUGCCAGCUUCCAGAGUUUCCUGAAGUCGGAGUUCAGCGAGGAAAACCUGGAGUUCUGGAUGGCCUGUGAGGACUUCAAGAAGACCAGGUCCCCGGACAAGAUAGCGGAGAAGGCGAGGAAGAUUUACGAGGAGUUCAUCCGGACCGAGGCCCCCAAGGAGGUGAACAUCGACCACUUCACCAAGGACCUCACGGAGAGGAACCUGGCGGAGCCGUCCCUGAGCAGCUUCGACGUGGCGCAGAGCAGGGUGCACGCGCUGAUGGAGAAGGAUUCGCUGCCCCGCUUCCUGCGCUCGGAGCUCUACCAGGAGCUCGUCAAGUAGCCGCGCGGCAGCCUGGCGCCCCCAGCAGACGGCCCUCCCUCCCCCCCCCCGGCUUUGCUCCCAGACGCCCCCACGGGGACCCCCCGGCGGCCGCCUCCUCGUCCGGCCUGCGUGGUUCGGGACGGUGGUUGUCUGAACGAUUUCCUUUCCCGGCUGCUUCUUCCCGCCCCGACUCUUAAUCAAGCUCCAGUCCGUUCGUUGUGGUCAAACCCGCUCAGAAUCCCAGGAAAUUCUGCCCCAGGCAAAGAGACAGGCGUGUGAGGCCCCCCCGACCGACCGGGGGGCCUUGGGUUGAGGUCACAGGUCGCCCGAUGUCGGUCGGACAGGACAGGGGACGGGGGUGGUGGGGGGGGGCCGACCGCCGGUGAGAUGAGUCGCCUCGUUGGCUGUCUUCACUGUGGGUGGGGGGCAUCACCGCCCGGUUAUUUCCCACCUGGGCUGGAGGGCGGUGGUGAGCGCUCCACGAGGCGGCCACCCCCCGAUGUCCUCAGCAAAUCAUUGAAACCGUUGUUCUUCCCCAUGGAGAACCUUCGUGCAGGCGGAGGUUAGAAACCAGGCGUACCACCGACAACAUGUGUGUUAUCUGUCUGAGCACAAUUACCAUCGAUUCUCCCUUUGCGCCUGCCCAGACGCCCCCACGGAGUUGCCAGGUUCUGUGUUAGGCCCUGAGAUCGACAGUGGGCUCCUUCACAAACACACCUGAGCCUGCAGUGGGUGGGCCCAGAGACUCGGUGUCCCCGCUGUUUUAAAUCCGUGUGAGUGUGAAAUUCUGAAAUGUUUAACUCCAGGAUGCAAAAACGGAACAGCUGCUGUCUCCCGCCUCAGAGUCCGGAGGGCCGGGGGCCGACACGGGGACUGACACGGUUGACGGCCCCGUGACGCUGCGUGUUCGGCACGUGACGCUUGUCUGAGAAACAGGAGUCACCGUGGGGGAAGUCCGACCUGCCGGCCCACCGGGCUUUCUGAGCGAGAGGCAGCACUCCAGGUCUCCGCGUUCCGCAAAAGAACGGACUCGUCCCGCAACCCCCGGCCCCCCCCCUGCCGCUCCGCCCCCCGGGUCAGUAAACCGUCACCCCCGCACGCUGACCCCGCCCCGCCGCGCACGGCUCACGGCUCACGGCUCACGGCCCGCCACGGCACCGCUGGCAGUGCACGGCUGUACCUCUGUAUCUCACCACUGUGAGUGUUGCCAGGGCAUCUUCGUGGCGAGAGUAGGUAGGUGUGCUCAGGGGAAGUCCGCAUUUGCCCGGUUUGGGAACAAGGAGAGUCGCAGGGAGCCUUGCACGAGGGCCACCAAGAUGAGGCGGCUCAGAAAAUUAACAAGAGAGUGCUCUUAAGGACGAAUAAAGCCCGCACUGCUUCGGCGGAAGGUUGCAUCGUCCAGUCUCGGUUUCCUGGGUUUUAUCCCUUCCCCCGCUCCCGGUUUGGGAGGGGGGAGCCGUCCCUUCCGGUGUCCGUCCGGCAGACACGCAGGGGGUUGCUGGGUGCCCCCAGUUGUGGUCACUGCAGAGGCCGGCCGGCCGGCCCCAGCUGGGCAUCCACUCCACACUCUGCCCAGGUUGGGGGGAGGGGACUGCGGGUCAGCCCGUUCGCAUCCUGCACGGCAGCCGCCCCAGGAGACCCUGUCUCCGUGCCGUGCAUGGCCGGGCCUGGUCACGCCCCACCGCGAAGCCGCCCCCACCCCAUGCACCCGCGCCGCUGACCAGCAGCGGGGGUUCCCAGCACCCCUCCCCCAGCCCUCUGUCCCGUGGCCCCGGCAGCCAAUGCCGCCGGCCGUGCUAGGAACCAAAACCCCCGGGCCCGUUGCUCUUCCCUGGAUGCCAGACAGGACUGAACGAAAAAUGGGAUGCUUUAUUCACGCUGUUUGAGACGGCUGCGUGUCUGAAGGUGCCCAGAGAAUUAACUGGACACAGCACGGGGCUCACCCGGAGGGGCGGCCGGACAGAGACUCGGGCCGGCUGGACUCUCCGGCGGUGGGAGGGCUCGUGGGUCCACCUUUCACCGGCCGGACCCAGGAGGCGGGGGCGGGCGAGCCCCAGGGCAGCUGUGGGGGGGACGGAGGGGCCCCUCCCGGCCGACCGCGACAGUGAGACAGUGACGUGGGGUGGGACAGGUGGGGGUGAGCCUGAGCUCGGAGCGGUGGGUGCCCCGCCGAAAAGCCAGACAUGAGAAAACUAGCCCAGAAAAGUUCUCUGAACUCUUUUGGAGAUGUUUUCAGUCUUAGCAGGAGCGGGGAAGGAAAAGGGAAAAAACACUGUUUCUAAAGUCUCCAUGGCAACACAAAGACAAUACAUUUUUUUUUAACCCUGGGAAAGAUGGUCUGGGACGAUCUUUCCGGGAAAGAAACUGUAACAGCUGUUUGUGGCCCCCGCCCCGCCCCCGCCCCCCAGCGCGUGGCCUGGGAAAGUGGCCGGCGCGGGGCCUGGGGGGCACACGCCCCCAGGGACAGCGCGGCCGCAGCUGUGAGUGCACCUGGGACGUGGCAGGCGGCCGUGGGAACGUGCGGGUGGCCCUCCUUCUCGGGGGGGGGGGGUGGGGGGGACCAGGGCUCGGCCGGGGGUGGCCCGUGACUGAGCCUUCCUCCCCGGCUGGGGGCAGACCAGGAGUGACGUGGACCCAAAGGACCAGACGGGCGGCGGGCUGUGGAGGACCGUGGGACCCUGUGUUCCGUGUCUGUCCGCGAGGGCUGUGCUCACGCGUGUGAACACCCCACACACGCGGUCUUUCUCCCGGACGGACACCGUCUGACACCCGGGACUCGCCGAGGCGUUCGGGAAACUUCGCUUCCCGGCCAGCAGGCGCCCUGCACGCACCCGGGUCUCGGCGGCGGCCGUUACGCUUGAAGGAGGUCUCAGGUUUGGUGCAUGAAGAAGGAAGGUGGUGAAGGAAAUGGCUGCAGUUUCACCCUCUGCGUGUGGCCUCGCGAGUGGCCCGGCUGGGGUGCCCUCUGGACUCACCCCCCUUCGGCAGGGGGCGCUGACAGUUAUUCCCCAAGGACAGCGGCUGCGAGGGGUUCCGGUGAAAACCUGGCCGUCGCCGGUCAGCUGAAAAACGCCCACGCAUCCCUGGGCCGGGCUCCAUCCAGCUGCCCGUCCCGUCACGAUGUGAUGGUCUGAGGGUCACCUCAAAGGCUGAUCAUGUCUGAGGGAAACAGUUUCAGCCCCCAGAUCGCCCCCCCCAGCAGUCCUGGGGACGCAGCAGGUGUGGGAGGGACAGGGGCAGGGGCAGGAGAGCAGGAGGCGGGGGGCGGGGAGGAGGAGAAGGGGUGCGGGGCGAGCGGCCGUGCCCAGGGCCUCGGCGUGUCUGUGGGGAGGGAGGCAGGCAGGGUCCACGUCAGUGCUCCGGAGCGCCCCCGGCCCCACGUGGCUCGCACGGGCCACGCAGCAGUGGGUGGGCUCCGCCUCCAACACCCAGGGGUCCCAGCCCGAGGCCUGGCCAGCGGCGGGUCCCGGAUGUGACGUCCCCACGCGUCUCCGUGUCCUGUCGCACACGCGUGUGCAGCUCACGUUCGCCUGGGUCUCGGCUCCCGGCGCCCAGCGUGGUCCAGGCUGCUGCACGCGCGCCCCCCCGCGCCCCCGCGCGCCCGAGGCCGGGCAGAGGGCUGGGGCCCCGGGAAAGGCUCCCCCCAGGCCCCGGGCUCGGGGUCGGCCGAGGACACAGAGGCAGCUCGGGCUGGAAACCGGCCGAGAGAGGGCGGAACCCAGACACGUCGUGACGGUGUCCUCAUCGCACAGUCGAACGGUGACAGCCCCCGUGUCCUUUCCGCAGAGGAGCCGCAAACCACGCCCCAACAUUCCCGUCGGCUCGGCCAGCCUCACGCAUGCCGCCCCCCUCCCCCGAGAGGGGCGGCGUCAGCCGGGUCGGCGCCAACACGGUUCCGGGGCCACACACGCGUGACGCGUGCAGAGCGCCGCCCGCCCGUCCGGGGCCGCACGGGAGCGACACCGGGGUGACGCGGAGGGAGCUGGGCCGUGGCCGCCCGUGGCUCCUGCUAGGUCGCGGUGUCCGGGCUCGGGGCCGGGGGACACCAGACUUGUGUAGCAGGCUGCCGGGCGCGGCCUGUCUCCGCAGACGCGGCCGGAGAAAGGGGCGGGAAUGGCGGCGCUGGAGAUCCGUGUCGGCGUGCACGCCGCGGGAUUCCGUGGGGGGGCCCCGCGUGCAUCUCGCGGUUCUGCAUCCAGCGCGCUGUGUGCUGGGUGGCGUGUCCGUCCCGGUGGAUGGCGCACCCAAGUGUCUCUGUAACCACAAUCACGCUCCACCAAUAAAGCACCGUGCACACCUGA